AUGCGCGUCGCCACUUUCCUCGCAUCGGCCAUUGCGUGCUCGACUGUCGCUGCCCGCUCGAUGGCCGACGACCUGGUCCAGCAGCUUUUCGAGCUGCACAACCAAGAGCGCCAGAAGAACGGCGUCGCGCCUUUCGAGUGCCUCGACUCGCAGCUCAGCCAGCUCAGCUUGGACCACGUCAAGUACGAAGUCUCGAUCGACAACAUCAACCACGACGGCUUCAGCGGUCGCUGCAAGAAGGUCGGCAACGUCGCUUGCGGCGAAAACACCUUGUACGACUUCAAGGGCGACGCAGCCAAGUUCACGCAGAGCUGGAUGAACUCGCCGGGCCACCGCAAGAACAUCUUGAACGGCGCCUACAAGCACGUGGGCUUUGCGGUGGAGAAGGGCCCGAGCGGCAAGUGGUUUGCGACGUCCAUGUUUACCGACACGAACCCGCGCACGGACGUGUGCGGCGCCAAGCCCGGUCCCGUGGCGCCCACCGAUGCGCCGUACACGCCCAAGCCGACGGCGCGCCCAUUGCCGACGGCCAAGCCCACGGCACGCCCGCUGCCGACGGGGCCGCCGAUCUCGACGACGACCAAGCCGACGAAGCGCCCGACGCCCAAGACGCCGACGCCGAUUCCGUACACGAAGCGCCCCACAAAGCGCCCGACCACCGCCCCGACGUAUGAGCCUUCGGACGAGCCGUCGGACGACCCGAGCUACGACCCGACCGACGCGCCGUCCAGUGACGUGGUCAAGCAGCUCUUCAAGUUCCACAACGAAGAGCGCCAGAAGAACGGCCUCAAGCCCUUCUCGUGCCUCAACUCGAAGCUGAGCUCGCUCUCGAUGGACCACGUCAACUAUGAGAUCUCGAUCGGCGACAUCAACCACGACGGCUUUAGCGAGCGCUGCCAGGAUGCCGGCAACUAUGGCGGCUGCGGCGAAAACACGCUGUACGACUACCAAGGCGACGCGCGCGUCAUGACGACAAGCUGGAUGAACUCGGCCGGCCAUCGCGCCAACAUCCUCAACCGCGACUACAACCACGUGGGCUUUGCGGUCAAGAAGGGCGGCGACAACCGGUACUAUGCGACCGCCAUGUUUACGCAGGACAGCCGAGCGUGCCAAUAG